AGGUAAAUGAGGAUGCCGAGUAUUAGGUUUCAGAGUGGGGACAUGGUGAUGGGCCGCUGGCCCGGGAGCAGCCUAUUCUACGAAGUCAAGGUGCUGAGCUACGAUGCCAAGAGUCAGCUCUACACCGUCAUCUACAAGGACGGCACAGAGCUGGAGCUCAGAGAGGCUGACAUGAAGGUAGGAGCACUAUCUAUCUCCAUGGCAACCAUGUCACUGAUGAUGUGUGACCCAGAUGAAUAUCAAUGUCUCAGUUGGUUGGAAUUUUGUCUAUCUUGACAAGGUUCAGGAAUUUUGAUCUUAUAAUUUUUUCUGUAGUGCAUACUCAAAUGUUGUUAUCCUCUUAUGAUAAGUUGAUUGCUCCAUUGGUGCUGUCCUUUUAUAAUGCAGCUAUGUAAUAACACGUUUGUAACCUUGAUAAAUGCCACAACUUAUGUUCCAGAAUCCAACUGGCUUUAAACCAAGCCGUCGCUCUCGUUCUCGCUCCCGCUCUCCAUCGCGGCGGCGCAGUCGUUCCCGUUCUCCGGCCAGGACAACCCGGCGCUCCUCUUCACGCACCGCCAGCGGCACCUUCUCCACGGAUCCGCCCUGCAGUACGCAAGGUGCCCAAAUUGAAAGAAGUGCUGGAGAUCAGACUCAGCCCUGUGGUGAGGAACAUGUCACACUCACUGCUGGGAUUUAGAAUGGCUUUUUGUUUUAGAUUGUUGCUCUGCUGCAUGUGUUUGUGUAUUCAGAAUGCACUGUAAAACGUAUGACCUCAGAGAUAGCAUUAUUUGAUGGUAGAUCAAGCGUUGACUAAUAACAGUGUAAUAAACCACGUUGUGUGUGUGACCACCUGUAGAGAGAAUUCAGUGGGUCCAUCUUUGCAUAGUAACACGUGCCUCUCUUUUUCCCUAUUGUUUGUCAUCACGUUCCUUUUUCCUCAUGUUGACGUUUUGCUUCCCUCGCUUCAUUUCCAUUUACCACAGGCUAAGCCAGUUGAGAACAAUGGCAACAAUAAGCAUGAUAAUGAUACUGCUAACAAAGUCAACGAGGUGAGACUUUAGAUACUGUAUGUAUUUUUAUUUUUUUACAGUUUAUUUCUAUCCAGAAUGAUGUCAAUGCUCCUAGAACAAAAUGUAUAUGUUUGUGUUGGACUGUAAGCAAGUUUGGCAUUAGAAUUGUAACGGAACUGUCCCUAGCUUUACUGCUUGUUUGUGAAUGGGCUUUUAUAUGUAGGAAUGUCAUGAUGCAUGCAUGUUGUACCUUCUGUGUGUUGGGAGGACUGCAUGGGGGAGUCAGCUUGUACAAAGCCCCAGCAGACUCACACCACUUAGGGUCCAUCAGUCAGUCACAUGCUGUUUGAACAUGUGCUGCCUCUUUUCUCUGCUCUCCUCAGAGGUUCUGAGAACUUCUCACUGCCGCUUAUGAGGACUUUGCUCAUAGUUUAUGUUAAACAAAUACUGAGAAAAAUGCCCAUAUAACGCUGACAACCUUGUAGUAAAACCAAACAAUGGUUUAUAGUGGUAUUUCCUGCUAUAGCAAGUGUUCACUUUUCCUUUAAGAGAUGAAAAUCUAAGGAUAAUUUGUGUGGCAAAUAGAAUGGCUGUGCAUUAUCUUCCCUAUAAGCUUAAGUCACUGUGGGUUAGCCAUGUCUGUUUAAAUGAAUACCACCACUCAGCCUGACCAAUGUGUGUCUAACCAUGUCUACUUCCAGAAACCUGCAGAGACGGAGCCAGAGAAGAAGGUAUUAGAGAGCCGCUACAACCUGAGACGCAGGAAGGACGACGGUGACGCCAAGCCAGCCGAGCAGACGGAGGACAAGGAGAAGGAAGCUGAGCAGAAGCCUGCAGCAGCCACAGCCCCCAUCACCACUGAGCUGGAGUUUGGAGGGAGGCUAGGUGAGAGGAGGAACAGAGAAAUGUGGCUGCUGGGGGGGGGAAGAAUGGUGCUAGUCUGCAAACGGUUAUGCCAAUCAAAAUUGCACUAGGGUGCUAGUCUGCACAUUGUUUGACAAGAAUGCAUUUCGGGAGGGACUGUAACGGGUUAAAAAAUAAGGACCAGACUGACUUCCUUUGGCUCCAGUCACUCAGUGUCUUUUCCCCCUGUGAUUGCAGGAGUGUCCUGCAUGAUGCUGCUCCUGCCUGUGACAGUGUUGGGACUGAUGGUGAUUUGCAGUCAGGAGGAUGCUAGCCUGAUGAGCUCCCCCCCUCUACCUGCCCUGGACUCCUUGUUGGACCCACAUGUGUUUGGCAUCGUGGUCCUCUGGUUCCUCUUCCAGGCCCUGCUCUACGUGCUGCCUGUCGGAAAGGUAACAUGAUCACCUUAGAUGAUCGUCUAGUGGGUCAGCUGCAUUCUCAGAAUUCUACUCCCACCCCUAUUGAAGACUGUACACACACACACACACACACUAACCCCCCUUAGAGUACAGGCCAUACACAUUACACCCAUCUGUGACCUGGACAGAGCACAUGACUGGCUCUCACGUCUCAUUUCUGCUCAUUAGCUGGAGCAGAGGGCAGAAAUUAGAUUAAUCAGCAGGAGUAGGCUACGGUCCACGCUGGAACACUACAGGGAAGAAGGGGAGGUUUUGUUGGGAUUUUCCUCUCCUUCUCAUCUGCCUUAUGAAAACGGUUGAAGCACACGUGCCUUUUUGAGAAUGUAUAAAACUUUCAUCAUAUGGCUCCAAUGAAAUCAUAUGGUCUGGUUUACAUUAGUGAAAGGGGAUAAUGUAAGCUUUUAACAUGUACAAAAAGUCACCUAUCCUAGCUAUAUUAUCCCUCUCAUAACGUAUUUCCUGUAAGGUUGAAUGACAGUCCAAGCUGUGUUUUUGUCCCCAGGUUGUGGAAGGAAUGCCCCUGAAGAAUGGAGACUGGCUGAAGUACAGAAUGAACAGUGAGGCAUUCUUCUGUUUUUCAUGUCUUGUUUGUCAUUUUGAAGGAAUUAACUGGGACUAACUAGUCAGUUACCCCCAGCACGUUGAGAUCUGUAGUAAAGCACUAUGCCAAUGUAUUUCAUUAACAUACAGUUGAAGUCGGAAGUUUACAUACACUUAGGUUGGAGUCAUUAAAACUCUUUUUUUCAACCACUCCAAAAAUGUCUUGCCAAAACUAUAUAGUUUGUUAACAAGUCGGUUAGGACUUACUUUGUGCAUGACACAAGUAAUUUUUCCAACAAUUGUUUACAGACAGAUUAUUUCACUUAUAAUUCACUGUAUCACCCAUUUCCAGUGGGUCAGAAGUUUACAUACACUAAGUUGACUGUGCCUUUUAAACAGCUUGGAAAAUCCCAGAAAAAUGUCAUGGCUUUAGAAGCUUCUGAUAGGCUAAUUGACAUCAUUUGAGUCAAUUGGAGGUGUACCUGUGGAUGUAUUUCAAGGCCUACCGUCAAACUCAGUGUCUCUUUGCUUGACAUCAUGGGAAAAUCAAAAUAAAUCUACCAAGACCUCAGAUAAAGAAUAGUAGACCUCCACAAGUCUGGUUCAUCCUUGGGAGCAAUUUCCAAACGCCUGAAGGUACCACGUUCAUCUGUACAAACAAUAGUACGCAAGUAUAAACACCAUGGGACCACGCAGCCGUCAUACCGCUCAGGAAGGAGACGCGUUCUGCCUCCUAGAGAUGAACGUACUUUGGUGCGAAAAGUGCAAAUCAAUCCCAGAACAACAGCAAAGGACCUUGUGAAGAUGCUGGAGGAAACCGGUACAAAAGUAUCUAUAUCCACAGUAAAACGAGUCCUAUAUCGACAUAACCUGAAAGGCCGCUCAGCAAGGAAGAAGCCACUGCUCCAAAACCUGCCAUAAAAAUCCCAGACUACGGUUUGCAACUGCACAUGGGGACAAAGAUCGUACUUUUUGGAGAAAUGUCCUCAGGUCUGAUGAAACAAAAAUAGAACUGUUUGGCCAUAAUGACCAUCGUUAUGUUUGGAGGAAAAAGGGGAUGGCUUGCAAGCCAAGAACACCAUCCCAACCGUGAAGCACAGGGGUGGCAGCAUCAUGCUGUGGGGGUGCACUUAACAAAAUAGAUGGCAUCAUGAAGAAGGAAAAUUAUGUGGAUAUAUUGAAGCAACAUCUCAAGACAUCAGUCAGGAAGUUAAAGCUUGGUCGCAAAUGGGUCUUCCAAAUGGAAAAUGACCCCAAGCAUACUUCCAAAGUUGUGGCAAAAUGGCUUAAGGACAACAAAGUCAAGGUAUUGGAGUGGCCAUCACAAAGCUCUGACCUCAAUCCUAUAGAACAUUUGUGGGCAGAACUGAACUGAAGCGUGUGCGAGCAAGGAGGCCUACAAACCUGACCAGCUCUGUCAGGAGGAAUUCAUCCAACUUAUUGUGGGAAGCUUGUGGAAGGCUACCCGAAACGUUUGACCCAAGUUAAACAAUUUAAAGGCAAUGCUACCAAAUACUAAUUGAGUGUAUGUAAACUUCUGACCCACUGGGAAUGUGAUGAAAGAAAUAAAAGCUGAAAUAAAUCAUUCUCUCUAUUAUUCUGACAUUUCCCAUUCUUAAAAUAAAGUGGUGAUCCUAACUGACCUAAGACAGGGAAUUUUUACUAGGAUUAAAUGUCAGGAAUUGUGAAAAACUGAGUUUAAAUGUAUUUGGCUAAGGUGUAUGUAAACUUCCGACUUCAACUGUAUAAGUCAUGUAAGGAAAGACCCUUUGGUUGAGGAACUUCCUGUGUAUUAACCCUGUAUGUCUCCUCCUCCACCACUAGCCCUCCAUGCCUUUGUGCUGACGGUGGCUGCCCUGGGGGCUGCAGUGCAUCAGGGGGUGGACCUCAGCUACAUCCACAGCCACUUCCUCCAGCUGGCUGUGUCUUCCCUGCUCUUCUCUGUCCUGCUCAGUGUCUACCUGUACGUCCGCUCUCGCUGGGCACCCCAGGACCAGCUCGCCCCCGGCGGAAACUCUGGUGAGUGGGUGUGUUUGUGUAGUUGUCACUGGUAGAGAAACGCUUCUACAAUCUGGGUCUGAUUGAUUCCAUGAUAUGGGUAUAUUAUGGCAUGGGCCUGCAUAAGGUUAAGGGCAAAGAUUGCUAUACUGCUAAUUGGCAUGAUGCCUCACAAAUGGUCAACGUAAAAUGAUUAAUUUGUUCUUCUCACCUCCUCAGGGAGUGUGAUUUAUGACUUCUUUAUGGGAAGUGAACUCAACCCCCGGAUCAAAGGCUUUGAUCUCAAAUACUUCUGUGAGCUGCGCCCAGGAUUGAUGGGUUGGGUAAGUUUCUAGUGUACUGAAAUAUGUUCCCAUUAAAGUACUUUUCAGCUGUACCGUAUAUUAGAGCCAUUUGGUGUAGAUUAAGCUGAUUAUUUCCUCACACACAAAUGCAAAAAAAAUGAGCUCAGUGUCCCAUUAGAUUUAUUCAUUAAUCCCUCUAGUGGUAAACUACAUAGAAUAAAUCCUAAAAUGAUACUACAGUACAUUUCGGAGCUAGUUUGUCUAUGUCUGAGGUACACUAUAUAUACAAAAGUAUGUGGACACCCCUUCAAAUUAGUGGAUUUGGCUAUCUCAGCCACACCCAUUGCUGACAGGUGUAUAAAAUCGAGCACACAGCCAUCCAAUCUACAUAGACAAACAUUGGCAGUAGAAUGGCCUUACUGAAGCGCUCAGUGACUUAACGUGGCACUGUCAUAGGAUGCCACCUUUCCAACAGUCAGUUCGUAAAAUUUCUGCCCUGCUAGAGGUGCCCCGGUCAACUGUAAGUGCUGUUAUUGUGAAGUGGAAACGUCUAGGAGCAACAAUGCUCACAGAACGGGACUGCCGAGUGCUGUAGUGCGUAAAAAUCGUCAUGUUCUCGGUUGCCAACAGUCAAGACCAAUUAUUAAACUGCCUCUGAAAGCAACGUCAGCACAAGAACUGUUCGUCGGGAACAUCAUGAAAUGGGUUUCCAUGGCUGAGCAGCCGCACACAAGCCUAAGAUCACCAUGCGCAAUGCCAAGCGUCGGCUGGACUGGUGUAAAGCUCGCAGUCAUUGGACUCUGGAGCAGUGGAAACGCGUUCUCUGGAGUGAUGAAUCAUGCUUCAACAUCCGGCAGUCCGACGGACAAAUCGUGGUUUGGCGGAUGACAGGAGAACGCUACCUGCACCAAUGCAUCGUUCCCACUGUAAAGUUGGGUGGAGGAGGAAUAAUUGUCUGGGGCUGUUUUUUCAUGGUUUGGGCUAGGCCCAUUAGUUCCAGUGAAGGGAAAUCUUAACGCUACAGCAUACAAUUGCUUUCUACACGAUUCUGUGCUUCCAACUUUGUGGCAACAGUUUGGGGAAGGCCCUUUCCUGUUUCAGCAUGACAAUGCCCCUGUGCACAAAGCAAGGUCCAUACAGAAAUGGUUUGUCGAGAUUGGUGUGGAAGAACUUGACUGGCCUGCACAGAACCCUGACCUCAACCCCAUCGAACACCUUUGGGAUGAAUUGGAACGCCAACUGCGAGCCAGGCCUAAUCGCCCAACAUCAGUGCCCGGCUUCACUAUGGUCUUGUGGCUGAAUGGAAGCAAGUCCCCGCAGCGAUGUUCCAACAUCUAGUGGAAAGCCUUCCCAGAAGAGUGGAGGCUGUUAUAGCAGCAAAGGGGGGACCAUCUCCAUAUUAAUGCACAUGAUUUUGGAAUGCGAUAUUCGAUAAGCAGGUGUCCACAUACUUUUGGUCAUGUUGUGUAUGGAUUGUUUGAGUUUUGCUGUCUGUUCAAUGACUGUGUUUAAUCAGACCUGUGACGUCUGUGUUCUGUCCAGCUGGUGAUCAACGCUGCCAUGGCUCUGGCUGAGAUGAAACUCCAUAACCUGGACUACCCCUCACCAGCCAUGAUCCUGGUCAACUGCUUCCACCUGUUUUAUGUGCUUGAUACCUACUGGCAUGAGGUAAAGAUAAACCUGCCUUUGAUGCCUAAUGUUUUAUUUAGUCUCUAUUUAUUUGGUUGUAAUCUAAUGGUUGAAUGUUGCUCCCCAGGAGGGUGUCCUGAGCUAUAUGGAUAUAACCCAUGAUGGUUUUGGCUUCAUGCUGGUGUUUGGAGACUUGAUGUGGGUUCCCUUCACCUUCAGUCUCCAGGCCUACUACCUGGUCCACCACCCCAACCACCUCUCUCUGCCCUGGAUCGUAGGCAUUGUCACUCUCAAUGGUUAGUCAGUACUGGGACCUUUUUUAGUAUUGGCAUAUGUUCAUAUAAGUCCUACAUGUAAUCUGUGAUAUACCUUUUGUUGAUUGAAUACCAGUAUGACACUUUCUUUACAUAAUGUGUUACAGUCAUUGGAUUUUGCGUCUUCCAUAAAGCAAACUCGCAGAAAAACGCCUUCAGAAGAAAUCCUUCAGACCCCACGUUAUCCCGUAAGUCCUCAAUCCCAGUACGUCUUAUUCAUGUAAAAACAUUAGCCAUUUGCAGGCCCCCCUGCCUUGAUAAAGGGAUGGAGUUAUUCUCUGUCAUGUUGUUGAAGGACUCACUGUAACACGGUGUUUUCCAGAUCUGAAGACUAUCCCUACUGCCACGGGGAAGAGUCUCCUGGUGUCUGGUCUGUGGGGGCUCGUCCGUCACCCCAAUUACCUGGGGGACCUCAUCAUGGCUCUGGCAUGGUCCCUGCCCUGUGGUGAGUGACUGCUUGUUCAGUUAGUUAAUCACUUAGUCAUAGCUAGUUAGUUACCAGGUGCUAGUUCAUUUAGUUUGAUGUAUUUUUCUGACCUGUGCUGACGAUGCUCCCAGUAAAGCUAGACAUGUCUUGAUAUGUGUAUAGUGAUAUGAGGAGAAGCUGUAAUGUAUGUUGAGGUGUUGUCUGUGGUCGUCCUGUAGGGUUCACCCACAUCCUGCCAUACUUCUAUGUGAUCUACCUAACCACCCUGCUGGUCCAUCGGGAGGCCCGGGACGAGGCCCACUGCAGGAGGAAGUACGGCUCGGCGUGGGACAACUACUGCCGAGAGGUCCGCUACCGCAUCAUCCCCAGAGUCUACUGAGGCCUACGCCACCCCUACCUCCAACCAACGCAGCGCAACGCCCUCCAGUUCUGCAAGCUCACAACUCAUCACAUGGCUACAUGAGUUCGAAGAAACAACAAGUUGUUUGAAAAUUAGAAUUGGAAGACAUUGGGACACUUGAAUUUCGAAAAGGGGGAAACUUGAUUCUUAGAUGUACCGCAGGAGCAGCUUUCUUUGAAGUUUGGUUUUAUGAAGGUACACACUAAUUGGCUGACUGAAUUUGAUUAAUGCCUUUUAAGAAAAAAGGUUUCAAAAUCGAAGAAAAAAUAAGCCUCCGUCUGUGGAAGGGAUGUAUAUAUUUUUGUACAUAUGUUUUUUUUUUGUACUCCAAGAUACCUGUUAACAUAACAUUGCAUAUUUGAUCUGUUUUGAAGUUAUUUUCACUCCCAUAUUCAAUUACAAUAUUUUCUUGGCUUUAAUUUGGAAGUAUUUUGUAAUGAUACCUUUGGUAUACAUUGCUUUUUGUGUAUAUUGUCAAUGAUGGGAUUUAAAUGCUCUUAUUUGU